AUGCCCAAGCAACCACCACCAGUGUUUCAGUGGCUUUUUAUGUGUUUUGAAGGGUUAAUGAAAGGAUGGAGGGAAGGAUGCAGGAAGGUGAUAGCUAUAGAUGCAUGCUUUUUGAAGACUUUCCUUGGUGGGCAGCUGUUAUGUGCAGUUGGUAGGGAUGCAAAUGGCCAAAUGUAUCCCAUAGCUUGGGCUGUGACAGAGGGGGAAAACAAUCUGAGUUGGGAGUGGUUUUUCAUACAUUUGGUAGCAUGCUUGGACCUUGGUGAAGGUGAAGGAUUAUCUGUUAUCUCUGAUGAGCAUCAGGCAAUCUUGAAUGUUGUUGCUUCAGUUCUGCCCAAAGCAGAACAUAGGCAUUGUGCAAGGCACAUUUUUGCCUUGUGGCACAAGACUUAUAGAGGUGAUGAGUUGAAAUUGCAAUUUUGGAAAAUUGCAAAGUCAUACAAUGAGGCAGAUUAUAAGUAUGCAUUGACUGAGCUUGAGGUGAUGAACCCAGAAGCAGCUGUAGCAUUCCAGAAAUACAAUCCUCAUCUAUUCUGCAGAGCAUUCUUAAGCACUGAUGUGAAGACUGAUGCAAUAACAAGCAACAUUGCAGAAACUUUCAAUGGAUUCAUCAUAAAUGCAAGGACAAAACAUCUGUUAUUCAUGAUUGAGGAGAUUAGAAGUCAACUGAUGCAGAGAAUGGUGAAAAAAAGGCAAGACAUGGAAAAGACAACUACCUAUCUUUGUCCUAGAAUACAGUCAAAGCUUGACAAAGAGAAAAAUAAGGCAGCCUACUGUGAAGUUCUGCCCUCAAGUGACACUCUAUUCAAUUUGUCUUACAACCUUGAUCAGGUGGUUGUAAACCUUGAGGCAAAGACCUGCACUUGCAGGAAAUGGGACAUGCUUCGCAUUCCUUGUUGUCAUGCUGUAGCAUGUGUUUUCUUUGCCAACAAGGAAGCUGAGCAAUUUUUUCAUCCCUGUUAUAGGAGAGAGGUUUACCUAACAUCAUAUGCAGGUUCAAUUCCACCCCUUGCCGGAGAGAGGUACUGGCCUAAAGUAGCCCUUGCAUUGGACCCACCCCCAAUCAAAAUAGGUCCAGGAAGGCCUAGGAAGAAUAGGAUCAGAGAUCCUUUUGAGAAUCCAAAGAAACAUGGUUCCUUGACAAAAACUGGUGUUGAAAUGACUUGCACAAUUUGCAAAGUUAAGGGGCAUAAUAAGAGGAGGUGUCCAAAUAGGGACACUACAAUCCAAUCUGAGCCACCUGCUAAAAGAGCAAGGGGAAGACCAAAGAAAAAUGGAGAGCAACCCCAUUCCACUGUAUCUGCACCAUGUGAGCCUCAACUGAACACAACUGCUGCAGCACAACACCAUACUGUCACAGCACAGCCUACACAGUUAGGAAGAGGGGGCAGAGCUAUCAGAGGAGGAAGAGGCUCCAGGGGACAGGGAACAAGACCAUCUUCUUGUGCAUCUGCACCAACUGGUGGCUCAGGGAGGGGAUAG